CGUCAGACAGGCGCAUAACACAAACUCAAAGCCCCAAUCGCCUACUCAAAAGCACGGGGAAACGAGCAAAUAGUGGUGUGUUGACAAAAAACACCGAACGACUUUUUCCUAAAAUAGAGGUGUGAGGAGAACCCUUGGAGUACCUACAUUCGUCUAGCUUCUUACAGUGGGAGUUUUAGCUCGUGUUUCCAUGUGCCACUCAAGCGUAUAUAGUUUACGGUUGCCGUUUUAAACCAAGAAACAAAACAAAAUCUAAGGAAAGCUGUGCAAUACUCGGAAGAUCAAUUUACAGAACUAGCCAAUGAGAAAACAUCGGAAUACAAACACCCGGAAUUUUAAUUUAGAAAAAAAUAAUAUUAAAAAAUUACCGUAAACACCCGUCGCGUUGUUCGCUAUUUUAUUACCUCCCAUUGCCUGCACAAGGCUUAAUCUGGAGUACUGAUCAAAACAGUUUGCUAUUCUUUCACUCCCCAAUGUGAAUUUGCAAAUAUGAUGAUGUCACCCAGUCGCCACUUUUUCUUCUAGCGAUAGUUAUGGCGGAGCUGAAGUUUUCCAACUUUCCUUGAUUAUUAAGGCCAGCUGCUUAUUCCAAUGGAGCACAUCCAAGGGGCCUGGAAGACCCUCAGUAAUGGGUUUGGACUUAAGGACUCUGUAUUUGAGGACCCAUGCAUGUCCCCUACUAUCAACCAAGGCUUCGCCUACCAACGCCGCUCGUCGGACGACAGCAAGAUUGCAGACUCCCCCAAGACGAGCAGCACCAUCCGAGUCUACCUGCCCAACAAGCAGCGCACAGUGGUGAACGUGCGUCCUGGUAUGACCCUGCACAACUGCCUCAUCAAAGCCCUCAAGGUGAGGGGGCUGCAGCCAGAGUGCUGUGCUGUCUUCAGACUGCACCCGGGACAGAAAAAUAAAAAAUCCCGUAUGGAUUGGAGCACAGAUUCUACCUCACUCAUUGGGGAGGACCUGCUUGUAGAAGUUUUAGACCACGUACCAUUGACUACGCACAAUUUUGUUCGGAAAACGUUUCUGAAGUUGGCUUUUUGCGAUAUAUGUCAGAAGUUUCUCUUGAAUGGUUUCCGUUGCCAAACAUGUGGCUACAAAUUCCAUGAGCAUUGCAGCACCAAAGUCCCCACAAUGUGUGUGGACUGGAGCAACAUCAGACAGCUCCUGCUGUUACCCACUCUGGGUGAAAGCGGGGGUCCAUCUCUCCCUCCACUGACCUCUCGGCGCAUGCGUGACUCUCUGUCCCGAUUCCCUGUCAGCUCUCAGCACAGACAUUCUACCCCUCAUGCCUUCAAUUACACGGCACCCUACCCACCCACAGGGGGCGCACUCUCUCACAGGCAGCGGUCGACAUCCACGCCAAAUGUCCACAUGGUCAGCACCACCAUGCCUGUUGACAACAACAUUAUAGAGCUAGAUUGCCUGAAUGCUUCUCCUAGCUCCUGGUGCCGUCGGUUCGGCCUGAAGAGAAGAGAUGCCCUAAGAUAUCAUGAUUCAGGGAGCCCCCCAAAUCAGAGCCCCACAGGCUGGUCUCAGUCCAAAACCCCAGCACCCACUCACAGAGAGAGGGCCCCUUCUUCCAACACACAGGAGAAGAACAGAAUUCGGCCGAGGGACAAGAGAGACUCCAGCUACUACUGGGAGAUCGAAGCCAGCGAGGUGAUGCUGCUCUCUCGCAUUGGCUCGGGCUCCUUCGGGACUGUGUACAAAGGGAAAUGGCACGGUGAUGUAGCUGUGAAGAUAUUAAAGGUCACUGAUCCUACGCCAGAGCAGUUCCAGGCCUUUCGAAAUGAGGUGGCUGUCCUUAGGAAAACCCGGCACGUCAACAUCCUGUUGUUCAUGGGCUACAUGACCAAGGGCAACCUGGCCAUCGUCACUCAGUGGUGUGAGGGCAGCAGCCUCUACAAACACCUUCACGUCCAGGAGACCAACCUGCAGAUGUUCCAGCUCAUCGACAUCGCCAGGCAGACGGCUCAGGGCAUGGAUUACUUGCAUGCAAAGAACAUCAUCCACCGGGACAUGAAAUCAAACAACAUCUUCCUGCAUGAAGGUCUGACGGUAAAGAUAGGGGACUUUGGCCUGGCCACAGUGAAAGCACGUUGGAGUGGCUCGCAUCAGGUGGAGCAGCCCUCUGGAUCCAUACUCUGGAUGGCCCCAGAAGUUAUCCGCAUGCAGGACAACAACCCAUACAGCUUCCAGUCAGACGUGUACUCCUACGGCAUCGUGCUCUACGAGCUUAUGACAGGGGAGCUUCCCUACUCAAUGAUCGCCAACCGAGACCAGAUCAUCUUCAUGGUCGGCCGGGGGUAUCUGUCUCCGGAUCUGAGCAAGCUGUACAAGAGCUGCCCCAAAGCCAUGAAGAGGCUGGUCGCUGACUGCAUCAAGAAGUCCAAAGAUGAGAGGCCUCUGUUUCCUCAGAUCCUGUCGUCCAUAGAGCUGCUGCAGCACUCGCUCCCCAAAAUCAACCGCAGCGCCUCCGAGCCGUCCCUGCACCGGGCCUCGCAGACCGAGGACAUCAACUCCUGCACUUUGACCUCCAUGAAGCUGCCUGUAUUCUAGCAACCCCCCCACCCCCCACCCCCCUUUUACCCCCUGCCUCCCUUACCGAGCCAAGCCAAAUUUUCCCUGAGAGGAGGAAAAAAAAACAAUGCUUGACAAACAAAAGAACAGUGCAAUUCAGAAAACGUGCGUUCGUAUGUAACCAAACCCGCGGCCAGCAGAGCUGCACCAAUGAGGAGGAACCUGGAGGCGCGGCUGGCUGCCUUUAUAGUGCUCCGGCCUCCCGACGCCCUGCAUACUAAUCUAGAGGAAAGGAAACUUCAUAAACUACACACCAGUGCCAGUGCUACCACAAUUUUCAGUUGCACAGUGAAGAUUUCUUUUCUUUUUUUUGCUUUGUCAAGGAAUGGACUGUAAAUCAUUUCAAAACCUCCGAGAUCUGCUACUUCCUCCGCCUUGUGGGUUUUUAAAAACGAGGCUGUUCUCUGCAGCCUUGUUCGUUUCAGCGACACAUCCAUAAUGUGCGUUUCAGUGUCACCACGUAUUUAGAUUUUUGCCAUAUUUUAAUUGGAGUUGUAUUGAUUUUAAAACUAUAUGCAAACCAUUACUGAAUUGGUGAAAUGGAAGUCAUUUCAGAAAGGUAGAUGGUUUCAUAUUUUAGAGGCACAGUAAUGGACAUUUGCAUUAAUGCGAGUGUAGAUAUAAUUGAGAAUACAUUAUGUCCUCAGUACACAUUGUCAUGACAAAAUGGUUUCAUCUCCCCUUUCCCAUCCAGAAUAUUGGUCCAUGGUUUGCUUUUUAGGGUUGUUGUAAAGUGAUUAUCCAGCUGUCUUUCUAGGGUUGUACUACCAGGAGAGCGUGUGAGUGCACAGCUCUCUUUAGUCUUUCAAUGAUUUGGGAUUUUCAUUUGUUUUUGGUCUUCUACUGCUUGUUACAGAGGAUAAACAUAUUGUACACCUGAUGAAGAUUUUGUUUAUCCAUUGCAUUUUAAUAAAUUUAAGUUAAAUACA